UUUGAAUGUUCAAAAUUCGCUUUGUAGCUUGGAAGGCGUAUUACAAGGUAUCGCUUCCGCCGUACCGCCGGCUGGAGGAGGAAGAAGACAGCGUGGAUCUGUAACCGUAGUGCGUUUCCACUUCCUUCCCAGCUCAUCCGCGACAAGCAAUUAAUCAAUUGCACGCUUGCAAAUUGCAAUCCACACCCCCAUCCUCCGUUCCCAACUGCAUUUCCUCCUCGUCGUCUUCAAGAAGGGAUCUUGAACUGAAGUAAUCCAGGCUGGUGACUGGCGGUGCAGGACGUUGGUGGUAGGUAAGAACAGGCAAUGGCGGAGGCGAAGGCGAAGGCGAAGGCGAAGGCGGGGAAGGAGAAGGAGAAGGACGUGGUGCGGCUGGAGCGCGAGUCGGUGAUCCCCAUCAUGAAGCCCAAGCUCAUCAUGAAGCUCGCGUACCUCAUUGAACAUCAAUCCGAUAGAGAAGAAUUCUUGAAGCUCUGCAAGAGGGUUGAGUACACCAUUAGGGCUUGGUACCAUCUCCAGUUUGAUGAUAUGAUGGAACUGUUUGCUCUCUUCGAUCCUGUGCAUGGGGCUAAAAAACUGCAGCAGCAGAACUUGUCAUCUGAGGAAAUUGAUACCCUUGAGCAGAACUUCAUGUCCUAUUUCUUUCAGGUGAUGGAGAAAAGCAAUUUUAAUAUAGUAAAUGAUGACGAGGUUGAACUUGCUCAUUCUGGACAAUAUCUGCUGAAUCUUCCCAUUAAAGUUGAUGAAUCAAAGUUAGAUAACAAACUUCUGUCGAAAUAUUUUAAGGAGCACCAUCAUGAAAACCUACCUGAGUUCUCAGAUAAGUAUGUCAUAUUUCGGAGGGGCAUUGGACUGGACCGCACUAGUAACUUUUUCUUCAUGGAAAAAGUGGAUGUGAUCAUAGGUCGUACAUGGCGAUGGUUCCUAGAGAAGACGAGACUACAAAAGCUCUUCGCAAGAAAGAAAAUCGGUAGGACAAAGAUAGAUUCCAAGAAAAAUGAUGAUCUAACUGGUGAUGUAGAGGACAAGGAGCUAUAUGUUGAACGUAUACGACUUGAAACAAUGGAAUUAAGCUUGCAGAACUUAAUUGGCAAGGUCGCAAUUCAAGAGCCUACUUUUGAAGAAGUGAUUGUCUUGUACAGGAGGAAAAGUCCCAAGGGCCAGAAUGAUAGAGCAAUCCAUGUAAAACACUUCAAAAAUAUUCCAAUGGCAGAUAUGGAGUUGGUUCUGCCUGAGAAGAAAAACCCAAGCCUCACACCAAUGGAUUGGGUUCAAUUUAUUGUUUCUGUUGUUAUCGGACUUGUUACACUCAUCAGUUCACUGGAAAUACCUAAAGCUGAUUUCUGGGUUGUGAUUGCCAUCCUCUCUGCUCUGGCAGGAUAUUGUGCCAAGAUCUAUUUCUCGUUUCAACAGAACAUGGCAACCUAUCAAAACCUAAUCACUCAAUCAAUGUAUGACAAACAACUAGAUAGUGGGAAAGGCACUCUCCUGCACCUCUGCGAUGAUGUGAUUCAGCAGGAAGUCAAGGAGGUCAUAAUAGCCUACUAUAUUUUGAUGGAAAAUGGAAAGGCUACCAGUGAUGAUCUUGACUUGCAAUGCGAAGAGUUGAUCCAGGAAGAGUUUGGCUUGAAAUGCAAUUUUGAGGUGAUGGAUGCUGUUCGAAAGCUGGAGAGGCUUGGUAUCAUUGCAAGAGAUUCUAUUGGAAGAAUUUGUUGCGUUCCUCUAAAGCGUGCCAAUGAGAUCAUCGGUGCCACUACGGAAGAGCUGGUUAUGAAAGCCAGGCAAAGCUAGCGCUCUUGAUUUGGACGAGGUGGGGUAAAUGCAUCCUGGCCAUCGGCGGAAUAGUUCUCUAGUGAAAGUCUAGGAGAGAUGCGGUUGUAAUUUUGUUGUAGGAUCUGCUGUAUUAUGGAAUGGCUGAGGUGUGUUGUAUAAGAAUGUAGUGCUUACAAUAAACGAGGAAGGACAAUCAAGAACUAGGCAUCCGUUGAUUCAGUUAA